GCCGCCGUGCAGCGGUGCGUGCUGACGUCACACCGUCCUGCUCUUUGGGCCUCAGUUCAUUGACGACAGGCUCCCAAAUUUAACUACCACUUUACGAAAAAUCUUCGCUCACCGAUCGGCGAUCGCAGGAAAAUGGGCAACUGUCAACCCACAGUUUUCCCCUAUGAGGAUUUUGAUGUUGUUGCUGACAUCAAGGCCAUCCGCAAAGCCUGCAAAGGCUUUGGAACCAAUGAACAGGCUAUCAUCGACAUUCUAGCAAACCGCAGCUCAGCUCAGCGCCAAGAAAUUAAACACGCUUAUUUUGAAAAGUAUGAUGAUGAGCUGGUUGACGUGUUGAAGAAGGAGUUGUCAGGGAACUUUGAGAAGGCCAUCCUCGCCAUGCUUGACCCGCCCAUCAUCUACGCUGUGAAGGAGCUGAGGAAGGCCAUGAAGGGCCCUGGGACAGACGAAGACAUCCUGGUGGAGAUCCUCUGCACCGCCACCAACGCCGACAUCGCCAUGUUUAAGGAAUGCUACUCUCAGGUGCAUGAGCGUGAGCUUGAGGAAGAUAUUGAGAGUGAUACAAGUGGGGACGUUAGAAACCUGCUCACUGCUCUUUUGCAGGGUAACAGAGACGAGAGUUAUGAGGUGGACGAGGCUCUCGCUGAGCAAGAUGCUGUCGCAAUGUUUGAGGCUGGAGAGGGAUGCUUUGGGACAGAUGAGUCGACCUUCAGUUAUAUCUUAGCCACCAGGAAUUAUCUGCAAUUGCAGGUCACCUUCAAGAUAUAUGAGCAGCUGUCUGGAACUGAAAUCUUGGAUGCCAUCGAGAGUGAGACGUCUGGAACACUGAAAAAAUGCUACAAAGCUCUCGUGAGAGUCGCUAAGAACCCGCAGCUCUACUUCGCUAGACGUCUGAACAAGGCCAUGAAAGGAGCAGGCACCGAUGAAGACACCCUUAUUCGCAUCAUCGUGUGCCGUUCUGAGUUCGAUUUGGAGACCAUCAAAGACAUGUACCUGGAGAAGUACGACAUCUCUCUGAAGGACGCCCUGAAGAGCGAAUGCAGCGGCGACUUUAAACGCCUCCUCUUGGCUAUCUGCCAUUAAACGGCGGCACGGAGGUUGAGAC